UGUAGUCUAGUCUUGUAAAACCCAAGAGCGCGGCCAAAGAGAGAGCGCCAUGGCCAAGGCUCACAUCCUCGUGCUGCCGCUGUCGUACCAGGGCCACGUUGCCCCGCUCAUGGAGCUCUCCCAUCGCUUGGUCGACCACGGCUUCGAAGUCACGUUCGUCAACACCACCGAAGCGCAUCACGCGCAGGUCGUCGGCGUGCGGCAGGCGGCGGGCAUCCACCUGGCGUCCAUCUCGGACGGGCUGGAAGGCGACGAGGACCGCAAGGACAUGGGCAAGGUCAUCGACUCCUACUCCCGGCACAUGCCCAGGGACCUGGAGCGGCUCAUCGCCGAAAUGGAGGCGGCCGGGAGGCCCAAGGUGAAGUGGCUUUUGUGCGACGUGUACAUGUGGUGGUGCAUCGACGUCGCCAAAAACUUGGGCAUCCGCGUGGCCGCAGUCUGGUCGGCGGCCGCGGCGUGCUUAGCUUUUGGUCUCAAGAUCCCCAAAUUGACGGAGGAUGGGAUCAUAGACAACAAGGGUUAAUACGGACGCACAGUUUGCAAAUCUCUCUCAAUUUACUCGAUUUUAGAUAGGAUCUACUCUCAAUUUGAAUUUGAACUUGCGGCAGGUUUGCCAAAGCGCGAUGAGACGUUCGAGCUUGCCCCCGGGAUUCCGCUGCCCCACACGUCGCAGCUGCCGUGGAUCAAUGUCGGCGCGGCACAGCCCUCCAUCUUCGACCUGUCCAGCUGCAUCGACAGACUCACCGCCCUCACCGAUAUAGUGGUGUGCAACUGUUUCUGCGAGGUCGAGGCCGGCGCGUUCAAGCUCCUAACGAACCAUUUGUUUAGAAGAUCCAAAGAGUUUAGAAGUAGCGAUUAAGAUUUCAAUUCAAAGUUGCAGGCAAAGUGGUGUUUGACUUCAAAAAAAUUUUAUAUGCAAUGGACAACUUAGUUUAUGUCAUGCCCAAUUUUAGUUAAUUUUCGGAUCGGUUUGAUAAUUCUUAUUUUUUUUUCAAGUAAACAAUACCAUGUGAUAUAUACAUUGAAAUUUAGGUGUAACUACAUGAAAUAAAGUUUUUUUAGAUAAAA